AAGUGCGCGGGACGGACGAAAGAGCUGACCAACGAGGCGUGGUGGCCUGAGAGGGAAUUGCACUGAGGAGGGACUCAAGAUGUCCACUACUGGGCGCUGGAAGGUGAUGAUGUCAAAGGGGUGGGCAUUCAUAUAUGAGCCUCCGAUGGGUGGGGUGCCAGCACCUCCUUAAAAUGAGGGGUGAGGGGGGAAAGCGCGCCGAGCCUUUCGGGAAGAAAGUUUGAAGGGGCAAAAACUCCUGCCAAGCCCGGGCGAGCCUGCAUUGCCCGGCGGGCGUGACGCGGACGCGCAAUAAAACCUGACACUCGCCAGCUGUUCGGGCUCCUCCUCGCCCCCUCCUUCGCCUUCUCCCUCCCCCUCCUCUCCCCCGCGGCGUCGGCCGCUAUUGCCGCCCCAGUGCAUUGUGGGCGCAGUCCGUUGUUCAUUUGCCAUUCGACCUGGGCCGGGGCCUGGUGGGGCGGAAGGGCUGCUGCUGGUUGAGCCGGAUCUAUUGUAGGGGAAGCGCUCCAGCAGGAGGAGGCGACGACGAACGCGGCCGUGCCAGCGACGCAGACUGGAGCCGUGGGGAAUAAGAUUUUGUUCUUGCAGCCGUUAAAAAGCGAUUUCAAGCGGCCCGGCGAACUGACUGACUGAAACUGCCUGGCCGGGUGUGUGCUUCGGUUGGUUAGCCGCUUUUCCUGCCUCCCCCAGAGCAAUCAGUUGUGGGGUGGGGGGGGGGGGGCAGCAGAGAGACAGUUGGGCCGGAGCGGGAGGAGGAGGGGGGCGCGAGGGAGGGAGACAGGCGGGCGGGGGGCGCGCGGUCGCCCGCCAUGUUCGCCGAGAUGAACCGCAGGACCUUGGCGUUCCGGGGGGGAGGCCUGGUCAGCGCCGCGACCGCCGCCGCCACCACCGGAGGUGGAGGCGGCGGCCCGACAGCUAACGGCAGCAGCGGGGGUGGCGGCAGCAGCGGCCAGGGCGAGGCCUGGGUCCGUCAGGAAACCGAGCAGUUGAACGGCCAGGGGGUGGAGGAGGAAGUGGAGCUGGAGACCGUGGAGCUGGAGGUGGCCGAGGUGGAGGCCGCGGACAGUGCCGGAAAAGAGCUCUCGCCAACCCCUCCGGACUCGGCGAGCGUUGCUCCAUCCGUGCCUGCCCCGGCCGGCCCCAUGUUCGCCGAGAGGAAUCGUCGGACCUUGGCCUUCCGUGGCGGGGGCUUGGUGGCGGCAGCAAACAAUGGCUGCGAUGGGGCGGGCUGGUCGCGGCGGCCGUUGAACGGGCGGGGUAGUGGCGGCGGCGGCGGCAGGGAGGAGGAGGAGCUGGAGUUGGAGGGGCUGCUGGAGGGGAAAGAGCUGGUGCAGGACGGGGGGUCGCUGAGCGACAGCAGCGAGGACGAGGAGGACGGCGAGGGGGGCAGCCUGGGUGAUGGCAGCGGCGCAGAGGGCGGCAGCUGCAGCAGCAGCAGGCGGUCUGGGGGCGACGAGGCGGAGGUCAACAGCGUAGGCGCGGGGGAGGGGGAGAGUAUCCAACACUUUCCGCUGCCAACCCGGCCCAAGUCCCUCCUGCAGAAGCUGCACGUCUCCUUCCAGAGCUGCUGGCUUAAGGAGUUCCCGUGGCUACAGUACUGUCAGAAGACGGGACUGGUGUCCUGUGUUUGGUGCACGGCUGCCGUCCCUACCGCCUCUACAGACGGCAACAGCAGCAACAACAACAGCAGCAGCGGGGGUCACGACGAUCUCUGCAAGGGUACUCGCAAUUACAAACGUGCCCUAUUUCUCAGGCAUCAUCUGUCAGCUGAGCAUCGCCUCAAUGAGCCAAUUACUGCUGAGCAGGAAUCUGAAUUAACUUCAGAAUUGGCUGAGAGAGAUUGUGAUUAUAAUAUUAGGCCAAAUGAGAACUCUUACUGCUAUCAACUAUUGCAAGAAUUAAAUGAGCAAAGGAAAAAGGGCAUUCUCUGUGAUGUCAAUAUUGUGGUGAGUGGAAGAGUCUUCAGAGCUCACAAAAAUAUUCUGGUUGCAGGCAGCCGUUUCUUCAAGACUCUGUAUUGCUUUACAAACAAAGAAAAUCGUAACCAAACCACUGUUACCUACUUAGAUGUUGUUGCUGUUCAAGGCUUUUCUGUCAUCUUGGACUUUCUAUACUCUGGUAACCUUGUGCUUACAAGCCAGAAUGCAAUUGAAGUUAUGUCAGUGGCCAGCUACCUUCAGAUGACAGAGGUUGUGCAAUCCUGUCGUAAUUUUAUCAAAGAUGCCUUAAAUAUAAGUAUAAAAUCAGAAGCCCCAGAAGCUGUAGUUGUGGAUUAUAACAGAAGAUCGGUGAGUAGAGACGGGUUAUCUUCAAGGGAUCAGAAAGUUGCUAGUUUUUGGGCUACAAGAAAUCUAACUAACUUGGCAAGCAACAUAAAAACUGAAAAUGAUGGCUACUGCAUUGAUGAAAGCCAGUCUGAAAACUACCAAAUUAAUGAUUGGGUCCAGGACAGCUCACCUGAAAUGGCUGAAAAUGAAUCUCAAGGUGAAGGAAAGGUCUUUGUGUGGAAUGAUAUGAGUUCACAGGGACAAUCGCUUCAAGAACCUGGAAAAACAAGAAGGAAAAACCCAGGUGCAAAAAGAUUUGUUUACAAUAUACCACCCAGUAAUGAUGAGCCAUUAGAAGACUGCUCAACGACUCAAACUUCAGUACAGUAUCCAGAAGAAGAUCUGCAGUUUAUCAAAGAAGAAGUAGCAGGUACCUCAAAUGAUUUCAAGUUUGGAAUAUUUCCUAGUAUUACCAAUGAUUUCAAGUUUGGGUUAUUACCAGGGACUUCAAAUGAUUUCAAGUAUGGAUUGCUACCUGAAUCCUGGCCAAAAGAAAACUGGGAAAAUGGUGAUUCUUCUCUAAUCAUGAAUAAGUUGAAGUGUCCACACUGUAACUAUGUAGCCAAAUAUAGAAGAACACUAAAGAGACAUUUGCUCAUUCAUACAGGAGUGAGGUCUUUCAGCUGUGAUAUUUGUGGAAAACUGUUUACUCGUAGAGAACAUGUAAAAAGACAUUCCUUGGUUCACAAAAAGGAUAAGAAGUACAAAUGUAUGGUGUGCAAGAAGAUUUUCAUGCUAGCAGCCAGUGUUGGAAUAAGACACGGAUCUCGGCGUUACGGUGUUUGUGUUGACUGUGCAGACAAAUCUCAGCCAGGAGCACAAGAGGGAGUAGACCAGGUACAGGACACCGAUUUUCCUAGAGAUGAAGAGUUUGAAGAAAAUGAAGUAGGGGAAGCUGAUGAAGAGCUACCUGAUGAUAUAGAAGAACAGAAUGACCAGACUCGGUGGGAUGAAUCUGGGGAAGUCUGUGUGCCUUUAGAAGACUGAGGAGAUUUGAUCUUAUAGAUGCUUUAUUUUGACGUCAUACAGACUGACCAUGUUGAAUUUUUGGACUGAAGGCUUGGAAAAAAUAUGGUACAGGCUGGAUGAAAGUUAUGUUGCUGUGAAAUUUAUAGGGUUAAAGCCUUAUAGCAAAAAAAAGGAUUAUUAAUUUUUUUAAAGAUAUUUGCACAGGGCUGUAAAGCAUACAGUCAUUUGGUUGAAUUAUAUAGAGUCCUCACACCUACAGUCAAUUAUCAAAGUAAAAAUUAUUUUUAUUAUUUAUAGGAUAUUGCUAUUUGGGUCCUAAUCUGGUAUAGUACUUAACUAUGCCUAUGUUAAUCAUUCAUGUGUUUCUUAACAUGGAUGAAAUAAAUUGCAAUUUUUGGAGAUGGCUCCCUUGAUUCCAAUCAUAGUUUUUGAACAAAAGUGGCUAGUCUGCCAUAGUGGCUCACGUUUCCUAAAAGGAGGCUUUACCUCACUUCUCUUGCCAUUGCCCUUCCCCCAAUAGUUUAAAUAUCCAGCUUCUGGAUGACAUGAAUCUGUGUCACUUAAUUGUGUCAGGAUAUGGUGGCUGACAAGUCCUGGAAACCUAAUCACUGAUAUUUAAUUUCCUGAGUUACUUAGGUUUCAGUACUUUUGAGUUUGCAAAAUGCUACAGCUCUUUCACCAAAUGUUAAUAAUGAUUUAAAACUGCAAGGAAGAUUGUGAUUGGAAUGAAAGAAAUGUUCUCCUUGUCACUUAAAGAACUUUAUGUUAGACACUUUUUGGCGUGGCUGCCCAUAUUUUAAUUUAUGUUUUUGUUAGCACUAUUCUAUUGGCUAUUACUUUUAUUCACUACUGUAUACCUCAAUCCAUCACAAAGCUUAGAGUCCUAGAAUCUGAAAAGGAGUGUAAUUGAUAUUUUUGAUUUUAAUAGUCCAGCCCAAUUUGUCUGCUUUUGUCUAGUUUUUGUUAUGUGGAAAAUUAGACAUAAGGCUGUCUAUUUUUUGUGCCCCUUUGCUUUUCAUUAAAGUAAACACAAACUGAA